GCUUUUACUACACUCAAAUGUCGGCUACGUACGGCACGCGGAUGGAACCGGACUAUCCGCUUGACGACACGCUGGAAUACUUUAUCAAGUUCCCUUCACCCAACUUCCGGAGCGACACACAAACGGCUGAAAGUGACUAUGUGUUUGUGUGCAACGAAACGAAUGUUCCCAUUGUGUUGCUGCUUGGAUGGGCCGGAUGUCAGGACAAGUACCUCAUGAAGUACUCCAAAAUCUAUGAAGAUCGCGGUCUCAUCACCAUCCGCUACACGGCGCCGGUGGAAAAUCUGUUCUGGAAGCGUGCCGGGAUGCAUCAGAUUGGGGAGAAAAUAUUGAAACUCAUCUACGACAUGAACUUCGACAGCCAUCCACUUAUAUUCCACGUAUUUUCCAAUGGUGGAGCAUUCCUGUACCAGCAUAUCGCGCUCGCACUGAGACGGUCCAAGUCUCCUAUAAAUAUUUGCGGCAUGAUCUUCGAUUCUGCUCCGGGUGAUCGGCGGAUAGUGGGGCUUUACCGUGCCAUUACGGCUAUCUAUGGGAAGGAGCGACGAUGUAACACACUGCUGUCCGCAUUGAUGGCGGUUGCAGCCAUUUUACUGUGGACAUUUGAGGACGCCUUCAAUUAUGUACUUAACUUUAUCAAGCCCCGGGGCUACGAAGUACAAACCAAUCCGUCGCACAAUCUCAAGUACGAAAGCAAUGCAUGGCCACAGCUGUUCCUCUACUCGAAGGAGGAUCUUUUGAUACCCUACACUGACAUUGAAAAGUUUGCCAACUAUAGACGAAGCUGUGGUGUGGACGUGCGUAUGGUGUGUUUCGAUCGUUCCGAACACGUAAAACACUACAUCCGCCAUCCGCAACAAUACAUUUACACCGUGUGCAAGUUUAUCAAUGACUGUUUAUCUCACUAUUAUGGCAAAUUUCACAACUAA